CUCCAUCUCCCCAACCAGACUCUCUGCAAGAAGAGCCCAAAUGUCCUUGCUUCAUCGCUACCCAGUUCCAAUUCCGCUGUCACCGACUCGCCAUCACAAGCGUCUUCCAUGUCAAAGACUCCAUCUUUUUACCACCAAGAGCAGACCCUCUUUCGCUCUCCCAUCGCUUUCCACGCCCCUCUUCAGACACCCCUUUCGCUGCUCCUCCAUGUCCGUUCAAGAAGACACUCCCACGUCUCAGUUGCAGGAUAGCCUACUCCAGUCUAGGGCUUACUGGGUUAAUAAAUCUUUGAUUGCUUGGAAUGUGGACAUUGAAGAUGGUUCUUACUUCUUGUAUGCCAGUAAAUGCGCUUCAUUAGCUGUUACAGUUGAUGGCAUUCAAGCAGGUUAUGAUGUGAAGAUAAAACUCAAAAGAGCUGGCGGUCCUCUUCCUGCAAAUGUACUUGAAAAAUUUCCACAUAUUCAAGAUUACGGAGCUUUUGAACUCCCUUCUGCUCUGGAUGCUAAAACUCUCCUCAAAUGCCAAUUGGCUAUUGCCAUAUUUAGACCUGAUGGAAGAUGCUGCGAUGCCACUGGUUUGCAGUUACCUGGUGUCCUUGAUGAGUUAUUUGCUUACGCCGGUCCUCUAGGAGCAGUUUUCUCAGAAGAAGCUAUCUCUCUUUACCUUUGGGCUCCGACAGCUCAAAUAGUACGAGCUUUUCUUUAUAGGGAACCAUUGGGUGGGGAUCCAUUUGAAAUUGUGCCCCUAGAGGAGGUUGAAGGUGUCUGGACUGCUAAAGGGCCCAAAGAUUGGGAAGGAUGCUACUAUGUGUAUGAAGUCUGCGUUUACCAUUGGACCACCUUGCAAGUUGAAAAAUGCUAUGCAAAUGAUCCUUAUUCCAGAGGUCUAUCAUCAGAUGGUUGGCGGACAUUACUGGUGAAUCUCAAUUCUGAAGCUCUAAAACCUGAAGAAUGGGAUAAAUUGGCAGACGAGAAGCCUCACAUUAAAUCCUUUGCUGAUAUCAGUAUUUAUGAGUUGCACAUAAGGGAUUUCAGUGCCAAUGACGGUACAGUCCCCCCUGACGUUCGUGGUGGUUAUGAGGCGUUCACUUUGCAGGAGUCAGCUGGUGUGCAGCACUUAAAGAAGUUAUCAGAUGCUGGCAUCACACAUGUCCAUCUCCUGCCGACCUACCAGUUUGCUGGUGUGGACGACGAGAAAGAGAAAUGGAAGUUUGUUGAUGUCAAGAAGCUGGAAAUAUUACCCCCUGACUCAGAUGAGCAACAAUUUCAGAUCACAGCAAUCCAAAAUGAAGAUGGCUAUAAUUGGGGGUACAAUCCCGUUCUAUGGGGUGUUCCAAAAGGAAGCUAUGCCAGUAACCCCAAUGGUCCCUCCCGUACGUUGCAGUUCAGAAAGAUGGUUCAGGCACUCAACAAAAUAGGCCUUCGAGUUGUAAUGGAUGUUGUCUACAAUCAUUUGCAUGCAAGUGGACCAUUUGAUGAGAAUUCUGUUCUUGAUAAGAUUGUUCCAGGUUACUACCUGAGGAGGAAUGCUGAUGGUUUUAUUGAGCAUAGUACAUGCAUCAACAACACGGCCAGCGAGCAUUUCAUGGUGGAGAGGUUGAUUGUUGACGAUCUUCUAUGCUGGGCAGUUGACUAUAAGGUUGAUGGGUUCCGCUUUGACCUCAUGGGUCACAUUAUGAAACGGACAAUGCUCAAGGCCAAAGCUGCACUCCAUGGACUAUCAAAAGAAAGGGAUGGAGUUGACGGUUCUUGUGUAUAUAUAUACGGUGAAGGGUGGGACUUUGGUGAAGUUGCCAAAAAUGGAAGGGGCAUCAAUGCUUGUCAAUUCAAUCUUUGUGGAACUGGAAUUGGGAGCUUUAAUGAUCGAGUUCGAGAUGCAAUUCUUGGAGGAUCUCCAUUUGGUCAUCCUCUUCAGCAAGGAUUUGCAACUGGUCUAUACCUGCAGCAGGGUAAUGGUCAUGACCACGGUACACAAGCUAAAGAGAAGCUCAUGCUUGCUUUGUCAAAGGAUCAUAUCCAGGUUGGGAUGGCAGCAAACUUGAGAGACUAUGUCUUCACUAAUCAUGAAGGCAAUGAGGUAAAAGGGUCUGAAGUUUUGACUUAUGAUGGAAGUCCCGUAGGAUAUGCUCUGUGCCCCACUGAAACAGUUAAUUAUGUCUCUGCUCAUGACAAUGAGACCCUAUUUGACAUUGUGAGCUUGAAGACUCCUAUGUCAAUUUCUGUGGAUGAAAGAUGCAGGAUGAAUCAUCUAGCAACUAGUACAAUCGCACUUUCACAGGGUGUCCCGUUUUUCCAUUGUGGUGAUGAGUUACUACGAUCCAAAUCACUCGAUCGUGAUUCUUACAACUCUGGUGACUGGUUCAACAGACUGGACUUCACUUACAAUGAUAAUAAUUGGGGUGUCGGUCUUCCCCCAAAAGAGAAGAAUGAGAAAAACUGGCCUCUAAUCAAACCAAGACUAGCAGAUCCAUCCUUCAAGCCUCAAAGGAGUAAUAUCCUUGCUGCUGUGGAUAAUUUCUUGAAUUUAUUACGCAUUAGAUACUCUUCACCCCUUUUCCGUUUGAAGACUGCAAACGCUAUCCAGGAACGCGUACGUUUUCUCAAUACUGGUCCAUCACAAAUCCCUGGUGUCAUAGCGAUGAGCAUGGAAGAUGGCCAUGAAGGUGUCCCAGGAUUGACUCAACUAGACCCCAUCUAUUCGUACAUUGCCCUUGUUAUCAAUUCGUGCCCAUCUGAGGUUUCAUUUGCUAGCCCGGCAUUGCGAGCAAAAGCCCUUCAACUGCAUCCAGUACAGGUUAUGUCAACUGAUGAGGUAGUGAAGACCUCAAGCUUUGAGGCAUCCUCGGGGUGCUUAACCAUUCCUGCAAGGACCACAUCUGUGUUCGUUGAGCCCAGAAAUGAUUGACUAUAUAAGUGCGGUCGAUGAGGCACCUGAUGUUUUCGCAUUGAGUUGGUUAGUUUGUGAAAAGUUUCACAGGUCAGAGCUUGCGAGACAAAAGGAAUACCUUUAAAAGCGAUCAUGAUGCCGAUGACAACAGUAAGUGGCCCAGGGAACUCCUCUUUUCGCGGUCCUCGGUGACUGAAUAGAUACCGAGUAGCAUGCGACUUGUGUCAGCCAUAACAAUCUCCUGUCCAGAUGGAGAAAACUCGAAGAAAGAACUAUUAUAAUGCUAUUUACGUCGUUAAUAACAGCGUUCUUUUUUAAUAACAUUAUAGAUAAAUCCUAUCUGCACUCUCCUCCCA